UACAUAUAUAAGUGAAAAAUUGUUUCUAUGCUAAAACAAUACUAUCUUACAACAUAAAUUAUUUUAUGAGUAUAAUAUGAAAUAAAUUGUAAAAUGCAAUUAAUAUAUUAAUAAUAAUGAAUACGUUAAAGUGGAAAAAAGUUGAAAAUGAAGCGGGUUAUCCGUGUUACAUCGACGAAUCUAGUGGUAAGCAAUGUUAUGACCAUCCUCAGUUCACUAAAAUUAUGGGUACUUUGGAGGAAUACAAUGAAAUAAAAUACAGCGCUUAUCGGAUAGCUUUCAAAAUAUUUGCCUUACAAAGGAACCUUCAAGUGCCUCCUCUGCGCAUCACUUCAGGAGUAUUUGCACGACAUCAACUAAGUUUAUCUGAAAGUAGUCUGUCUUUGGAUACUGCAGAGUUGGAAGCUGUACUCGCUGAUAUUUACUUUGCAGCCGAGAAGGAAGGAUUGUUUACGGGAGAUGUAGAUUUGACUGUGGAUCUCUUGAUUAAUUUGUUACUUAAUGUUUAUGAUAAGGAUAGAAAAACACCAAUAAAAGUGUCAGCAGCUAAAACACUUUUGAUACUUUUAAGUGAAGAGACCAUAGCAGAGAAAUGGCUAGCUCUCGCUAAUUGUUCUGCUGAUCACAAUGGCUGUGUAUCACCUAAAAGAUUGGCAGCAUUGUUGGUUCAUGUAAUGGCCCUACCCAAGUAUUUGGGCUGCCAGUGUGAUUACUUACAGAGUGAUGUAGAUUCCUGUUUUGAAAAAAGCGCGGGCAUGCUGGGCGUGAGCGCGCGCUGCGUGUCGGCGUGGGGCGCGGCGCGCUGCAGCAGCACGCGCUGGCUGGGCGCGCUGCGCCGCGUGGCCGACAGCCGCCGCGCCGCGCACGCCGGCCUGUGCGCCGUCUGCGGGACUCCGCUCGCACAGGUACUAAAAUUCAGGUGCUCAAAAUGUAGUAAUGUCCUUUUCUGUGAAAAUUGCUACUUAUAUGAUAAAGAUUUAUCAAGUGUUUCUGGACAUAAAAAGACACAUUUAGUUCAAGAAAUUAUCGAUGGAGAGAUGAAGCCUCCAGAGUGUCUUAGUUUUAUAAAAGGUAUGAAGAGAUUUUUUUUCUGCACGAAAACAAAGAAGAAAUCCAGCAAGAAAGGUCGAAAGAAUGGCGAUAAACUUGUCAAUUCUGUAAAACGAAAAGAGAGUAAGCCGGCAAUAUUCACUUCCACUGUCGGUAAGGCCUCUGGUAACAAGGCCAACCCAGCUGUUACAUUACAAGAUGUUAUAACACAGUUGGAAAAUGAAAAUAAGGCUAUUAAAGAUCUUACAGAUCAGUUAGAAACUGCAGCUAAAAGUGACAGUAAUGAUCUAAAGGCGAAGGUUGAUGAACAUUAUAGACAAAUAUCGACACAGAUUAACAGACUUAAAAUGUUAAAGGACAACUUACUCAACACACAAAAUAUUCAAUCGGACUCAAAAAGCGAUAAAAAUGAAAGGCCACAGGCGUUUGACCUCUUUAGCCCCAUUCCAAUUGUCGAUGAGAAACAGUCAAAAGUGAUCGAUAACAUUAAAAAUCAACCACGAGUCCUCAGUAUGGACUCCGGUAACUUCUCAGUUGCUUCCAAACCAGAUAGUCAGAACCUAUUGACAAUGUCUGGAGACGCGUUGAAGCCUGUAGUGAUUCACGCUACUUCGGACAGCAUAUCAACAGUAUCUAUGAAUGACAUGAGCAAUUGGUACAAUGAAGCGGCCAGUUCCGGCUGUGCGGCGCCGGUCGUCCGCACUGCACGCGACAUCAACGCGGACCUCGACACCGUGCUGGACCGUCUGCAGCAGAUACUGACGCACAACUUCGCUAUGGACGAUUCAUGUUUCGACAACACCCAGCUCAGAGAGACGGCCAACGAGAUGGAAGGUCUGCUGGGCUCGCUCAUACGCGGAGUGGAGCAGCGCGCCACGCUCACUGCUAAGGGACUUGUGUAGAGUUAUUACAGUUAUUUGUUCUUGUAAUAAGUUGAAAUUCAAAUGACACAAUAUUAUUGCUAUCAAAUGUUCUGUUAAUCAUUUGUAAAAGUUGUUCUAAAGUAAUUUUAACAGAAAUGAAAAAUAUGUUAUUUCUUUUUAAUCCGGUUUCUUUUGUCAUGAGAAAGAGAUAGCGAUAUUUUUAGUCGAUUAGUUAUAGCGAUGAUUUGUUCUAUGGAGGUUCUGGAAAUCAUAAGAAUAUAUUUAUAAACCAUACUGCUAGGUGAUAGUUUAAUAAAAUGGAUUGAUCGAUUAAUUAGGCUUAAUAACUGUAGAUCGCUUUAGUUCAGCAGAGCCCUGGUGGAGCCGAGCCCUCCCUUUAUUUACGGUAAUAUUCAUUCCAUAUAGAAAUAAGUAGAGUGAAUACAUAAUACGAGUUGUAAUAAAAAUCUGAAUAAAAAACAACUGACAACAUUUUAAUAAAUACUUUAAAGGAAAUGCUAUGAAGCUUUUGUAAAGGUAAUGUUAUGUUGUCGAAAUAAAUGUAUACAUAUUUUUAAUAACAACAAUACCUGAUGAAACAAAUGUGACCACUUCCCAGGUGGCUGCUUGCCUUGUUAUUAGCAUUCGUACAUACUCAAUAUAUAUAAAGUUUCUGCAAUCACAUUUGAGAAAAAAUAAUGUCUUAAUGAAUAGAAUAGAACAUACUUUUGAUAGAGGCUCGAAGAAAAGCGCGCUUCAUUGUGUUAUAAGAAUGUUAGUAUUGCUCAAAUGUUGUAUUGAAAAAAUUUAAGCAUUCCAUUAUUUUUAAUGUUUCAUACUUUUUUAUUAUAUUUUUCUAAAUUUUAUGUUUCAUUUGAACUGUUUCAG